AGACAAGAGAGUUUUAAUGGAGGUGGAGCCAUGGCGUGACUUUUUGAGCCAUGGUUGUUCAUAUGGAGAUUCGUUCCCUGGUUCGAAGCAGCAGCUAGACGAAAACUGUGUAAUGGCUAUAUCACUGAAGAGGAACCGUAUCUUCAUUCCUUAUGCGAAUCUCGUCUUCUUCUUCUUCUUGUGUAUCUCUCUGCUCGAUAAAGCUGUUUGCAUCAGGAUUUCGAAUCAGAUCUCGGAUACUAUCGUUGAUUCUCCCGAUCGUCCUUUGAAAUCUGCGGUUUUCGCUCUUGGAAGCUUCUGGAGAUCCGAGGCUGCGUUUGGUUGUAUCAAUGGCGUCGUUAGAACAACCGCCGGUUACGCCGGUGGAACGAAGACGAAUCCGGAGUAUAGAAACUUAGGUGAUCACGCCGAGUCCGUACAGGUUGAAUAUGAUCCACGGAUAAUCGGUUAUCGUCAGCUCUUAGAUGUAUUCUGGUCUAGUCAUGACUCUAGACAAGUGUUUGGACAAGGUCCUGAUGUGGGUAAUCAAUACAGAUCCUGUAUUUUCACUAAUUCUACAGAAGAGUUGAGACUGGCUUCUACUAGCAAGGAAAGGGAGCAACUUAAAUCAAGAAACAGUAUUGUGACUACUCAAAUUCAACAGCUAGGAACGUUUUAUCGCGCAGAGCCUGAUCACCAGAAGUUCGAGCUGAAACAACAUCCAUUUCUUAUUCAGCUAAUUGGAAACAUGGCAGAAGAAGAGCUCGAGAGAUCAGCUCUAGCCACAAAACUAAAUGGUUAUGCAGCCGAGCUCUGCCCGUCUAGAAUCCAGAAACAUAUCGACUCUAGAGUUAAUGAGAUCAUUAGAAAAGGUUGGCCUGUCUUGAAAGACAUCUAAUAUGUAAGCCGUGUUAGAUCUUCGCGCUCUUGGAUUUGAUUGAUAGUCUCAGAUGUAAGUUUUGGUUCAUUCUUUAGGCCAGGAAUUGGUCGCAACAAUGUUUAUGUCUUACUCUUGCAGUCUUGCCCCUUGAGUGGUGAUUGGUCAGUGUUUUGUCUUGUUUCAUUCGGAUCAUUCUCACAGAGUAUGCUUUUUGUUUUCUUGUAAGCAGAUUCAUUUAGACUUUCAUUGUAUCAUUAUGGUAGUGAUUACCAAUUCAUUGAUAUUAU